GAUGCGGCAGCCCACCCAGUGCCUGAGCGGGGCGGAGCAGCCCAGCUCGGCCGAAGCUCAUCUCUGCCGUGGAGACAUCCGAGAUGCAAAAGGCAGAGGCCCGGCCACGUCAGCACGACCACUUCGGGGGCGCCGCAAGGGGACGAGGCGCGGAGCGCGCCGCCGGAGUACCGGUCGGACCCAUGGAAAUCCCCGCGGGGCUGAUGCUGGAACCAUCCCUUUACACUGUCAAGGCAAUUUUCAUCUUGGACAGCUUUGGGCAGCGACUUUUGGCCAAGUAUUAUGAUGACACCUUUCCAUCUAUGAAAGAACAGAAGAGUUUCGAAAGGAAUGUCUUCAACAAGACCCACAAGACUGACAGCGAGAUUGCUUUUUUGGAAGGUCUGACCAUUGUCUAUAAAAGCAGCAUUGAUCUUUUCUUUUAUGUAGUGGGAAGUCCCCAUGAGAAUGAGCUGAUGUUGAUGUCCGUUCUGACCUGUCUCUUUGAAUCUCUCAACCAUAUGCUGCGAAAGAACGUGGAGAAGCGAACCCUGGUGGAAAACAUGGAUGGGGUGUUCCUUGUGGUGGAUGAGAUCGUUGAUGGCGGUGUGAUUUUGGAAAGUGAUGCCCAGCAAGUCAUCCAGAAGCUGAAUUUUCGGGUGGAUGACAGCUCUUUAUCUGAACACAGUGUCACCCAGGCCGUCUUCUCCAAGUUAAUCCUGAUGGCAUAGAUCAAGAGGACAGGGGGUGGGUCCCUGGCAGGUCUCCUAACACCGUACUAACUGCCUCUUCUUGUCUGCUGCCUUAGAGUAAGUAGUUGGCAACAUAAACCCCUUGAGUCUGCACUGCUGCUUUCGCCCGUGAAAAUAUAUCCCAUUUUAACCCAGUUGCUCUGAUCCAUAGAAUGAGAACCGUUGCCUGAAAAACAACCUGUGUAAUCAAUGCUCGAAUAACCCCAUGAGUUGACAUUCGCAGUUCCGGCGACCAGGAGGCAGGUCCUCAAAACUGGGGUGGGAAGGGGGAGAUUGAAGAGCGGGGUAUAAACAAAGCUGAACCUUGUUUGCUAGUCUGAUAUGUUUGAGCCUACUCACUGUUUGAAUGUUACUUUCUUGUGGCUGCUCUUGCCAAGUCUAACUGAUAUGUGGCUGUUUCCUUCAACAUUUUUUUAAUCUCCCAAUUCUCUGUGGCAUACUGUAUUAGGGGUGUAUUCAGUUUUGCCAAUGGAAUUUUUUCACAGUGAAAGAGUCUUGGUGGGAAUUUUCACUUGCUUAACUAUUCCACAUGCUGCUCAUUGCCUGUUUGAACUUGCUUGUUUUCCUUGUCUGUAGCUUUGACACCAGCCAAUCAAGGAUCACAUAGGUAGUGUGAGCUGGCCAUCAGGUUUCAUGCAGGAAUGCUAUAUGGCAGGGGUCAGCAAACUUUUUCAGCAGUGGGCCGGUCCACUGUUCCUCAGACCUUGUGGGGGGCCGGAUUAUAUUUUGGAAAAAAAUAUGAACGAAUUCCUGUGCCCCAUAAGUAACCCGGAGAUGCAUUUUAAAUAAAAGGACACAUUCUACUCAUGUAAAAACACCAGGCAGGCCCCACAAAUAACCCAGAGAUGCAUUUUAAAUAAAAGGACACAUUCUACUCAUAUAAAAACACCAGGCAGGCCCCACAAAUAACCCAGAGAUGCAUUUUAAAUAAAAGGACACAUUCUACUCAUGUAAAAACAUGCUAAUUCCUGGACUGUCUGUGGGCCGGAUUUAGAAGGCGAUUGGGCUGCAUCCGGCCCCCAGACCUUAGUUUGGAGACCCCUGCUAUAUGGCUCCAUGACAGCUUCACAAAGCCAAAUCAGAAUGAAGGCAGAGAGUACUGCUUUCACUCUGAAUAGGCUCCCUGACAAUACCGCAUAGCCUAUCAGAUUGUGCUAAGUGAUGAUACUAAGCAAGAAUGAAGGGCAAUGCUUUCUGCCUUCACUCCAAAUGAGAGAUCAUUUUGGCCGUGUUUUGCAGUCCCUCCUGAAUAAUUGUCGAAAUGGGAGAAUACAAUUUGUAGUUCAACAACUCCCCCCCCCCCGAAAUAUGCCUCCACCAUCUUACAACAUACAUGUACCCUACAUAUCUAUAUGGGCUUUAUCUAGUUUGACAAUCAUGGGUUGUAGUUCGAUUAGAAUGCUAAGAAUUCUUCAUUAGAGAUUUGCAGCUUUCUGCACAGGACUACACCCCCCAAGAUUCCUUAGAACGAGGGAAUGAAUAUUAAGACAGUUUAAAUCUGUAUAGGCCUAUAGGGCACACUUGCAGCCAACUGCACCAUUUCCCAUAACUAGUGCUGUGGGGCCACAUGUUGCCUAGCAACCGCAAGCACACUUUACAUAGGUCUAGCAUCAUAGCUGGGCAGAAAGUCGAAGAGGGGGUCAGGGGAGAGGGGCUGGCACUAAGGGACACAUUACAGUGAGGGACAGAGCACAUGCUGGGGCCCAAUAUCCCCUUUGUCCACAAUGGGGAAACUAAAGGGCAUCGCACAUAAAUGCUUGGCAUUUGCAGGGUCUGUUAAGCUGAUGAUAGCCUAGCUCUAUAUGCACCAACGUUUGCUUAAACUUUGUGAUCAUAUUACUGUGUUCAUCAUUUUCAAACAGAGGGACAACUCAGAGAGAGUUGGGAAGUCCUUAGCAUCCAGUUGCCCAGGCCACCACAAAAUUUUGUGUCUGUCCUAGGGCCUGAUUUUGCAUUCAUUGAUCACCCCUUCUUCAUCUGAAAGACACACCUGCCCCCUGGUGUUCAGCUAGUUAGGUUGAGACACUUCCCAAGAUUUGAUUCCUUUAGAAUGUUCAUCUGGAUUUAGCUCCCAGAGCUUCUUCUUUUUUUUAUGGCAGUGGCAGAUGUGACACCAGACUAACAAACAUCAGCAUUGCAGAGUGCCUUUUCCAUAGCUUUGUAUAACUGCAAUUGGCAGCUGCAUAUUCAGGACUGGAGGAAGAUCUUCCACGUCAAAAGAAAUGACUCCCAGUAGGAAUAGGGAAUUGGACUCCCAACUCCCAUCAGCCCCUGCCAGUGUGGUCAACACAAUGCAAGUUGCAGUCCAACAACACCUGAAGGGCCACAUGUUUUCCUGAUUUACAGGGUGGUUUGAGCCCCAGCAUCUGCUUUCAUCAGUUACAUGCUGGUUGACUUGCAUCUACGUUGUGCAUCUUGUUGACCGGGAUUAUUAGAACACAUGUUCCACAAUGCAUUGCUUUCUGUUUGAGAGAUGCUGUGGUUUGGAUGAUCUGGGUAGGGGAUGCACUGGGUGGUCCUGCCUCAUAGGGUCACAUUCGGUCUGGUGAUCUUUUGGCCCCUGUGAAUUUACUUCUGGGCUUGCUCUUUGUUAACCAUCUCCCAAGAUAAGCUUGUAAAGAUUCAAAGAAAUGCAAACAACAGAUCCCUUUAGUUUUAACUUCAGAAUGGCUAAUCAAAUUGCCCCAAUGCAGGGCCUACAGAUUCCCCAUCCCUUUGGCCUAGCCUGUUGACAAAACACUGGAGAUAGAAUCAAUUAAUUGUUCUCAUAUUUUUUUUCUCUCCCCCCCCCCAACUUGUUCAUAGGUUCUGCAGUCUGCCAAAGAACAAAUUAAGUGGUCCUUAUUAAAAUAAAGUAACCCACAGCAAAA